AGACGGCUUUGCUGGGGCUCUUCCAAUCAGAGCGGAGCUUACAGCGGACUGAAAGAGAGCGAGAGAAAACACAGGCAGGAGCGGUGGUUUGAAGAGUGGCGCCCUCUGUUGGAAUGGCCACUAUGAACAGCAUCAUCAUUCUCGAUGAUGAUGAAGAUGAAGUGCCCAGCUCCUCCACCAGUCACACGCCCCCUCCCAGAGAUCCCACCAAUUACACGCCACAGCAGUCGCACACCCCUCCGUUUCCCACCAAUCACACGACAAAGCCAACGCCGGAUCCUCCCACCUCUUCCAAUCACAAGCCUGAUCCGUCGACCACCCCUUCCUCCUCCACGAAUCGGAGCUCUUCUGGUCUGCUGGUGAACAAGGCCCUGUUUGAUGAGUUUGUGCAGUUCUGCUCCAGCCUCACGCCUGACCACCCCGAGGUGAUCUCGUACCUGUGUUCGAAGCACAGCCAGGCCAGCGAGCAGUACCUGGGCUCUGCGGAGUUCCGUAACUCGCUGGGGCGCUGCCUGACCCACGUGCAGAGCCGGAGGAGCAAGGUGUACGUGUUCAUCAACGAGCUGUGCACCGCGCUGCGUGCAAACUCAAACAAGCGCAAGCUGCAGCUGAGCCACGCCGGCAUGGAGACAUGUGAGCCCGCGGGACCGGCACAGGGCACAGAGGAGCAGCCAGAGCGGCAGCAGCAGCAGCAGGAGAGGGAGGAGGAGAGAGGCAAAACUGCCAAGGCAUCCAAGAGACAGAUUCGGUACCUGGAGAGCCUAUUGAAGGUGUACUCUGAUGAGAUCCAGAAGCUGCAGGAGAAGGAGCUGGGAUUGGAGGAUCUGGAGGACGAGGACUCUGGCUACAUCCAGGAGCACCGGCUGAAGCGCAAGAUGAUGAAGAUCUAUGAGAAGCUGUGUGAGCUGAAGGGCUGCUCCUCUCAGACGGGCCGGGUGAUUGAGCAGAGAAUCCAGUACAGCGGAACACGCUACCCAGAGAUCAACAAGAGGGUGGAGCGCUUCAUCAAUAACCCGCAGAACGACACCUUCCCGGACUACACGGAUAUCCUGCGCGUGAUGACGAGAGCCAAUGAGAAGCAUCAGCUGGGGCUCGGCAGGAAGCAGCUGCAGAGUCUGGCCCAGGACGCCUUCCGGGACGUGGGGAACAGACUGCAGGAGCGCCGGCACCUCGACCUGGUCUACAACUUUGGGAGCCACCUGACCGACCAGUACAGCAGCCGGGCAGACCCCGCCCUCUCAGACCCCGCCCUCUCGAAGAAGCUGCAUUCCAAUAGGACGCUGGCACUGACCAGCAUAGACCAGGUCAUCACGAAAUACGCGGCGCUUCAGGACGAGAUGGAGGAGCAGGAGAGGAAGAGGAGGAUCGAGAGAGAGAAAGAGAAGAAGGAGAAGGAGGGAGACGUAGACGGAGAGGAAGAGGGAGAGGGGACCAGCAGGGCACAGGACGAAACACCGUCGAUGAGUAAAGAAGAGAGAGGAGAGGGGGAUGAGGAUGAGGAGGAGGAGGAAGAAGAGGAGGAGGAGGAGGACGACGAAGAGGAAGAGUUCUCCUCAGACCCUGAUAUUGAGGAGGAGCUGGAGAGGAGUCGGGCAGCGGAGGGAGAGGGGGCCGAUGAAGAGAAGGCCGAGGGGAUUGACCAGGACCGGCUCACGGCCAAAGAGGGCGGGAUUUCCUGUUCCGAGGAGGAAGGAGAGAACAACGGGGAGGAAGUGGGAGAGGACAGCCAAUCGGAGAAGAGCCGGGACGAGGACAGGACAUCGGAGACACACAAAACUACAAGUGACACGCAAACACUAAUAGGGAAGGCAGCUGCCACGGGAAGCCCCUCCCCUCCAGCCAGUCCCAGCCAAUCGGGCACUCAGGAGGUCAAACAGGAAGUGGGCGACUCCCCUAGUGAUGACAUCAUGGAGGUGGAACAGAAAACUGCCAAUCGGAACUCUCCUCUAUCUCUCUGCUCGGUCAAUGAGUCCCCACCCCUGUCUUCCUCAGGAUCAGCCAUUCAGAGCACAGGGCUGUCUCCCAAAGCCAAUGAGAAGUCUCUGUGUGGGUCGCUGCUGUCCUGUCAGGGAGACUCGCGGUCCUCUCUCUCCUCCAGAGCAGACUCUCCCGUCCUCCCCGACGUUUUAAUCUCCAGUAACCUUGACAACGCACCCCGGUCCCCCUCCCCUCCCCUGUCAGCCAAUCUCGGCUCUCCCCUGCUUGUCUGCUCCCAGGCGUCCAAUCACAGCUCCUCGGGGGAGGGACACACAGACACCACAGCCAAUCACGGCUCCAGCAGGAGUGUGAAGAGGAAGCGGGGUUCCUCACCGCCCAAUAGGAAACAAGGGAUGAAUGGGAGAUCAAGGGACACCAAGAAGGCGCCAGUGGACAGUGGUGAUGACGAGAUCCCUCUUGAUAUGGGGGUGUGUUCCAGCAGUCCCCCUGACUCUCACUGCACAGUCUUCCCAGUAGCAGACUCCACCAGAGCAGACUCUCCGCUGUCACAACUGGUCAGCAGCUCACAGCCCAGUUCCAGCAAGUGUAAUCCCAGUAAGAGGAAGAAGGUGACCGUAGCUACACAGUGCGACCCAGAGGAAGUGAUUGUUCUGUCCGAUUCCGAUUGACCUCCGGAUGACCCCCAGGUGACCCCCCUGAAAAACUCCACCCACCCAAACAAUAUGAAGGCUGAGUGACAGUCCUAAAGCCUGGGGAUGGGGGCUGUCGAAUAUUCAAUGAUCCAUACAGAGAACUAAGAUUUACAAACACUGUGCUCUAGUCUAGCUGCUAUAGUUAGCUAUCCCCAAAUACUGUGUUCUAGUCUAGCUGCUAUAGUUGGCAGGCUUAGUAUAGUUACUUUGGGAUUGCUAACUACAGCAGCUACACUAGAGCACAGUGUUUAAUUGCUAACUACAGCAGCUAGACUAGAGCACAGUAUUGUGAAUUGGACUGGUAAAUUUCAACACAGGUUUGAGAAACAACAUUUUUGUAAUGGACUUGGGUUUAGUAUUUAUCAAACACACUGCCUGAUAUUUUUGUAAAUUUAAAAAGAUGGGAGAUUUAAAUACAUUUAAGAUUAAUGAAAACGCCAAGUUUCUUUUGGUGGGAUAUUUCUGUUUUGUGAGCUACUUGUAAUAAAAAUGGAAUUCAUGUUUUCUUAUAAAGGUAGCUUCUUUUUCUAUAAAGCACAAUAUCUGGCAUUUUUAUUAAAAAAAAAAAAAAAAAAAUGAAA